AUGGCAAAUGAAGCGUUACUGAAAGGUUUGGUGUGUGGUGGCAAAGAAGUGAGUGCCAAACAAACAAACGACGAUAGUAGGGCAGAAUAUCAACCAAUAGUACCAUUCCAAUUUCUAGAUGGAGAAUAUGAAGAUGAUAAUAAUAACCUUUACCAAGAUGACUUUUAUAAUUUUAAUAAUAAUUCAAGUUUAUUCCAAUAUUUCCCAUUAAUGAAUGAUGAGAUAAAGAUGUAUAUUCUUUCAUUCAUGACACUCAAAGACCUUUUAUCAUUAUCUCAAAGUUGUAAAGAGAUGCGUGCCAUGGUAGAAGACCGUCUCCUUUGGUUUCAAUUACUCAAUAGCCAUGGAUUCUCUAUUACCGAUUCUAUCAGGGACAAUAGUAGCCUUGAUUUGAAAAAGUAUUUCUCUGACCUUAAAAACUUAACCGCCAAAAAUUCAGUACAAUGGAGCCCAUUAGAAUUUAAUGGUGUGUUUCCAACCAAACGCUAUAAACACACAAGCUCUGUUUAUAAAAAUUAUGUUGUUAUCAUUGGCGGGCAAAGAUCAAACUCUAAACGUUAUGGUGACAUUUAUUACUAUGACACCAAGACCAAUGAAUUCUCGAGACCAAAGAUUGUCGGUGAUCAACCUCCACGAUUCUCUCGUCAUACUUCUCAAGUCAUCGGUGACAAGAUCUAUAUUUUCGGUGGUUUCAAUGGAAAUGGUACCUAUUUUAAUUUAUCAACUUAUAAUCUUAAAUUAAAGAAAUGGAAAAAUAUUUUAGAGACUAAAGGAAUGGCACCAGAUCCAAGAUCAAAUCAUAGUAGUGCAGUGAUUGGUAGUAAAUAUUAUAUAUUUAGUGGAAACAAUACAACAAAUGAUGGUGAAUAUAAGAUCUUGGAAGAUUUCUAUUAUUUAGAGACCAAGACACUUACAUGGCACAAGAUUAAUGCAACUGGUGAUAUUCCAUGUGGAAGAGGUGGUCAUACCAUGGAAGUGAUUGAUGGAAAGAUUUAUCUUUUCGGUGGAGGUAUUUGGAGUCCAGUAUCUGAUUGGACACAACGAUUCAACGAUAUUCACAUUUAUGAUCCAGAAACUAAUUGUUGGUCCAAACCUUCCAUCUAUGGUCCAGCACCCAAUACUAGUACUUUUACCACCUCUUUUGUGUACGGACGUUUCCUCGUAUUGUUUGGUGGUGGAUGUCAAUCGACCAACUCUGUGUGCAACAAUACCUAUGCAUUGGAUACAAAAUCAAUGAAUUGGAUCAACAUGCCACUAUCGGAUACCUAUACACCAAGACCAAGAGAUAUGGCUACUGCCUCUCUAGUAGGAAACAAUCUAUUUGUUUUUGGUGGCUUUUCUGGUGGUCCAGUCAAUUAUUUUGAUCAAAUCACUUUUAAUUUUACUCCUCUUUUAAAGUAA